GUUCGGUGGCCAUUAUUGCCCCCCAAAUCUUUGUUCCUUCUUCCGGACCCACCUCCGGCCCACGGUGUCCGAGGUUAAAUAGCGUUCUCACCAGCUGCCCUUCGGAGGAGGCUCCGGUGCCCUCGGGCUGCUGUCCCAGCCGUUGGGUCACCCCAACGAGCAGCGUCCGGCAGGCCGCGGGUCCUGCGCCCCGUCCCCUCUGGCCGCGAUGGCCGCGCUCCUGCUUCUUCUUCUGCAGCUGCUCGCCUGCUGCCCCCGGGGCUCGGCGGCUUCCCCUGUCCGUCUCCAGCCGUCACCCCUGUGGGUCAGCUGCCCGGGCCCUCACGGCCAAGUCUUCCAGCGGCAGGACAACGAGCACAAGGUGUCGUGCUUGUGGAACAGCACCGUGACCCUGCAUUACCAGCCCGCCCCAGGAGCAGGGCCGGAGGUAGAGAGGGAGGAAGGGCAGCGACCAUCCCCACCUUGCUGCCUCUGGUACCUGAACUCGGGCUCCGUGAGGAACAUCUCACGCUGGUCAGGCCAGGUGGUGCUGCAGACAGGACAAGCUCCCUCACCCGAGACCUCCAGCCUUCUUACGGUGCAGUGCUCGUCUGCCUCCUGCGCUGCACCCGAGUGUUUUCAUCACAACGUGAGCGUCGAGAUCUCAGUGCAGGAUAUGCGGCUGUUCGUGAUUCGGCCGCAGACACCCAUCAUCCGAGUGUGGCAGCCGGUGGAGCUGGGCUGGUGUGCCCGCCUCAAGAGCGCCGGCUGGCAGUACCGCUUCAGGAGCCGGGGAGGUGUGCCCUCGACCCUUCUCCUUCCCAGCAGUGAGCACCAAGACACAUCACCACCUGCUGUCUACCCAACAGCUGAGUUGCAAAAGACCUGUGCCACCUACUACAGCUACCGCUUGACUGUGUGCUACGGGCAGCCCGGGAUCCACGUUGCUUUGGUCAGUAUUGAGCAGAUGCCUCACAUGAGCUUCAACCUCUCUCUCAAGGUGGAGCGUGACUUGGUGCAUGUCCUCAGUAUCAGUUCCAAGCUCCUUAGUGUUGCUCAGCAGCCCCUCAGCUUAUCCUGGUGGCUUCAGCCCCUUACCCUCAGUACACUUGCCUAUAGACUGGUGGACACACAGGCUAUAGGGGGUUGGCUCCGCUCCUACAGUUCAUUUACGCUGCCGAGCAACUUCUGUUCUACAUCUCAGAACUUGGAUGAGACAGUGGUGGCCAGCGUUUACUUCCAUGUUGAUGGAAAGAGGUUUGAGGAAUUGGCGGGGGAACUGCGCCUGUUCAAUGGUACCCUGAGCUUAACUGCUGGCAAAGAGGCUCCCAUCCAUGUAAACCUUUAUCCAGGGAAGACCAACAGCAGCACUUACAUUUUCAGGUACAACCAGGGAACGUUUUACACAUCUAAAGACAACAAUGGCACUUUUUCCACAGAUGGCCCUAACACACACACUGUGUUCUACCAAUACAAGGAGCUCUCCUACUUACUCACCAUACAGUUUCUGGCCUUACAGUGGUACAAGUUCAAAAUGUACCUUUAUUUGAAUCAGAAAAAGUCUUUGAUUAGGUCACUGCCAGAAAGAGACCUUGAUGUCCAUGUUUUCAGCAGUGGCCGUUCUUCUUUUCUGCAGAACUUUAGUUAUUUAGUGUGGUUUAUCCCCACACAACAUCCAAUGCUACAGUGUGAGUGGACCUUCUAUCUGCAGCUUUUUGGCACAAAAAAAGACCAUGUUGUCCAGAACAGCACAUACACGUACAACAACCACGUAAAAAAUGCCGCGCGUUUUGUCCGUCGUUCUGCUUUACCCUUUGAUGCAGAGAAAUACACGGGGUUUGUGGCAGAAGUGAACUGCACCAGCAGUGCACCUAUACCGGCUCUUCUAAGUGUCAGGGUCAAGGACCAUACUGCAAAAACCAUAGAAGCUCCAGUGGUUUGUGCGAAAAGAGAAUGUAGGAUAACCAGGUGUUGGAUUCAGAGACCUAAUCCCAAAUCCUUGAUCUUGUUCAAGAAAAAGGCAGUAGAAUUUUACCUCUUUACCAAGUUGGACAUAGACUGCAACGUUGGCAUAACUGUCAACAUUUUAUGGCAUGUCUAUCCUACCAAGGAAUCAGGACCAGACUGGUCAAAUCCAGUAAACACUUCUGUAUUGUAUGGCACAAAAAUGGUACAUUUAACUGUUCCCAAGAAUGCUUUAGAUUAUGGGGUGUAUCUGUUUCAUUUCACUGCUGAGGUAAUCCCAAUUAGGUCCUCAACAGUCCUCAAGGCCUUUGAUGUGAUUUAUGUUGCGAUUGAGAAAGCUGAUCUAACGGCAAAUAUUUCAGGAGGCUCGGUCCGCACAGUGGGUUUUUCUGAGAGCUGGACUCUUGAUGGCUCUAAGUCCUCUGAUCCUGAUUCAGACGGAGGACAAAUGAGAUUUACUUGGUACUGCACUAAAGACUGGGAAGACUAUAAAACCAUGAAAUUCAGCCUGAAAAACAGAUGCCAUCCACUCCAGAAGGAUUUGAGAUGGAUAACACACUCAGGUCCCAUUCAAACAAUACCACCAGAAUCCCUCCCAGGAAGCACCUUAUACUACUUUCGCCUAGUGGUUCAAAAGGGCAAAAGGAAGGCUUAUGCUGAUCAAAUUAUAGAGGUGGAUCCUGGCCCUCCACUCAUUCUGAAUGUGAGAUGCAUUGAAAACUGUGGUAGAAGUAUAAUUCCAACAGAGAGAUUUUCCUUAUCUGGAAAAUGCUCAAACUGUAAACCAAGCAACAAGCCACUAUAUUACUGGUCCCUUUUUUCAGACACCUCUAAAGAAAUUCAUUUCGAUUGGGAUUCCAAAACAUCAACAGGGAGGUUUGGGGCUUACAUGUCUAUACAUGCUCUGACUUUCAUGAAGCCUGCAUAUCAAUCCUACGUACUUCACUUAAGCGUAACUACCUGGGAUGGUAGGAGCUCAUCCUCCACAAUACCCUUCACAGUAAAUAUUCCACCUCGGGCCGGCAGGUGUAACAUCAGCCCCCACUACGGCAUAGCCUUUCUGACAAAAUUUGUUGUUAAGUGUAGAGGAUUUUAUGACACCCAGUUACCUCUGACAUAUAAAGUGAUACUAGCUUCUCACGUACCCGAAACGACCGCAGUAACUUCUGUGGCAGAAAACACGUUUGGCCCAAUUCUGUACUAUGGUUAUGAGUCUACAACUCCUCCAUCUUUUCUCCCAGUUGGAGACCCCUAUCACAAGCACACUUUGACGCUUCAUGUUCAAGUCCGUGAUUUCCUCGGGGCAUUUACCCAGGUGACUUUACGUGUCCACAUGAAAAACCCACAUAAAAUUCAAUCCCUUUCGGCUGUGUUUCAUGAGCUGCUGGCGUCAGCAAACCGUUUAAGCGUGUCAUCUGCUCAGCAGACUGGAGAUGGUAUUAGAGCUGGUUAUUUGGCUUAUCUUGCAGCCUCAGUCUUAAACUAUAUUAUAGACAUACCAACUGUCCAGCUCCCUCAGGCUCAGCUUCGGGAAAGAGUGGUUAAUACAGCCUUGAGUAUUUCAGUAAGGAGCAUCAUGGAAAUCAACCAGGUAGCGGCUGUUCUUUCUGAAGUCACACAAGCAGUUGAGAGAAUGAAUAUUAGGUCACAAGACCUUGCCAUUGGGAAACUGACAGAAGUAACAAGAGCUCUGUUGAGACAGAGGCUUAGGAGCCGUUUGUCUGAGGAAGCAGAAAUUCAGACCAGUGGAAUACUAAAAUGCUUGGCCCACAUCUUGAGUUCUGACCUUCUGCGUCUCAAGAAUGCCAGUGCAGAUGGAUUUAAAAAUAUUUUCUCUAUCAUGGAAGGUGUAAUAGAGAUAGUUUCCAUGGGAAAAGUCCCCGAAGAAAUAGAAACUCUAAUGGAAACAGACUACUGGAAUAUCACUCUGGUGAAAAAGGAAGCCUGGAACAUUACAGAUUAUUUGCCUACCACAUACACCUGCCGCAAUUGCUUUUUUCCUAUAGUGAAACAGAAGGCAGAUGGUUCAGCAGUGGUCCCAAAUACUGUGGUUGCUACUGCCCUUCUUGAAUUUGAUGAGACCCCAUUCCCUUGGUUAGGUUACACAUCAGAUAUCAUAUCAGUAGUCAUAGGGUAUAAAGUGGCAGAGAGUACGCGUAAUGGGGAUCUAAUUCCAAUGAAGCCUGAAAAAGCAGACAUUUUUCUUGCCAGGAGAGGUGGAAUUACAGCUUUCAAUAUAGUUAUGGGGCCCGAUAAAACACAAGCUUACACAAUUGGAGGAUUUAGUUUUGAGCUCAAUGAAACUACCACAAACGUAUAUUUCCAGAUCAUGACAUCAUUAAAAGUUACUUUCAGGGUACUGGUAUUUGCAGGUACCAAUCUCACUCAUGCUCAGCCUGUGGCCUCGUUUUCUGCUUUUCACAACAUGCCAACAGUUGCAAGUGGAAAUGGGACAAGCACUGCUGACUGUAGCAUUUCAGGUCCCUAUAUAGUCUGUCUCCCACAGUCACUGCUGAACAAAAUACUGCAGGAAAGUGGACUGGACAGUCAGAACAUCUCUGUUAUCUUGGAGACACACUAUGUCUUAAGGUACCCAAACCGGAAACUGGUGGACGUAUGCAUUUUUAAUGACCGCUGCCUACAUCUGGAUGGGGUUGAAGGUGAGUGGAACAAAGACACAUGCAGGAUUGGCUCCUUGACCGACUGGGAGAAGAUACACUGUGUCUGUGACUCCAAGCAGACUCGCCAGCGUCUGCCAAGCCUUCCAUCAUCCAACAUCAAGUUCCUGGCAGCCAAAGUAGUAGUUCUUCCCAACACAGUAGAUCUGGGGAGAGACCUGAUAGCAGACAUACCUAAAAACCCACUGACCCUCAUAACAGUGCUCUCUAUUUUUGCCAUCUUCUUGUUUUUGUGCUGCUGGGCUAUAGGAAAAGACAGGGUUGAGAAGGAGAUCAAGUACAUUAUCGUCCUGCCAGACAACGAGGCCUCCGACGAAGGGAGCUUUCUGGUCACUUUGUACACAGGCAGUCGCUGGAAUGCUGGGACCACAGCAGAGGUCUUUCUACAGCUCAUCGGCCAGUACGGCAGGAGUAAAUUCCGUUGUUUAUGGCACCAGCCUUCUCCAGCUUUCCAACGGGGAAGCAUUGAUUGCUUUCUGGUAACUACUAAGAAAAACUUGGGAGAUAUUAGAUCCUUCAAGCUCAGGCUCAGUGAUGAGGGCAAAUCGCCAUCCUGGUUCGUAAGCAGAGCUGAAGUUGAGGACAUGUCUACCAGGAAGGUCUGGUUCUUUCUGUGCAGAAAAUGGCUUUUCAUUGACAAGAACAAUCCCUCACGAGACUGGAAAUUUUCUGUCGCAGACCCCGAGGUACCUCUACCCAAAUUGGACUAUUUUCUUAUCAAUUUUAACAGGAGACUGACCGAGUACCAUCUAUGGCUCUCAAUUUUUGCUCCUGUCAUCACUGGGGCUUUCACCAGGUUCCAAAGGUUGUCUACAUUUUUAGCAGUAAUAUUAUUCAGCUUUCUUGUUAACAUUAUGUUCUUUAAUGCUGAAAAGGAUGAAGAAACUCCAAUAUACCUGAGGUAUUUGAGGUCAAUAACAGUAGGAAUUGAAUGUGCUUUGCUUACCCUCCCUGUGGAAAUGUUAAUAAUUGCCUUAUUUAAGUAUUCCCAGAAGGAUCCUCCUCCUGUUGUGACUAAGAUGUACCCAAAGGUAGACUCUAGGUACUGGAAUAAUUGCAUAAUAUCUGAAAAAGAUGCAAAUGUAAUUGACACAGACGAGCAGACAGUAAGUGUGAGUUCCCCUCAGACGGGUAAAGGGUCCCAGAAGUCAAGUUCCAAUUUGACAGAAGGGGGCUUCUUUUCCAAAGGAAGGACACUAAGCACUACCAUCAGGCAGCUCCGCAAGAUCCCAGACACUGAGCCCUUGCUGUGCUGGUGGUGGGUCUGUGUGGCCUGGGCACUGGUUCUGGGCAUAACUGUGCUCUCCUCCUUCUUCAUUGUGCUCUAUGGUUUGUCCUAUGGCUACCAGACUUCCCGGGAGUGGCUCAUAGCAUCUGGAACCUCCUUUCUUGAGAACCUGUUUUUCCAUUCAAUUCUGAAAUCCUUGCUUUUCUCAGCUAUAAGCUCAAUUCGCGCAAAAUACCUUGAAGACAUCAGAUGGGUAACUCAGGAAAAGCAUGUGGAGGUUAGCUCAGCUGAAGAACCUGAGAGAGUUACCUGAAAUUUGUUGAUGAUGAAAGCAAACAUGCUGAGAAGGGCAAAAUUUAAAAUAAAUGCACUUAUUUUCGUUGAAGACUUAAUCCAUCACCUUGUCUUUUUAUCACUGCUAUUAAAUUUUGCAUAUCCCACUGAGAAUGCCAGCGGUUUCCAGUACAGCCAGUUCCCUGAGGAGAAGCUGUUUUCAAAAAACUUGUCCCACCCAAGUUUUGUGACUAAGCAUGACCUUGUCUCUCACGGCAGUAUCAGCUCCUCUGCCCAGCUCGCAGAGGUGAUGCCCACGGAGCCAGCUCCGUGCUGAGCACGGCUCUCACCUCAGGCUGAGCACAUGCUGAUGUACGAGCGAAAAAUACCCUGAGGGCUGGAAACAUCGGCGUGUCCAUCCUGAGGGCCGGGACACGCCGGGAACGCCUGGGUGUCCAUCCUGAGGGCCGGGACACGCCGGGAACGCCUGGGUGUCCAUCCUGAGGGCCGGGACACGCCGGGAACGCCUGGGUGUCCAUCCUGAGGGCCGGGACACGCCGGGAACGCCUGGGUGUCCAUCCUGAGGGCCGGGACACGCCGGGAACGCCUGGGUGUCCAUCCUGAGGGCCGGGACACGCCGGGAACGCCUGGGUGUCCAUCCUGAGGGGCGGGACACGCUGGGGACACAUGGGUGUCCAUCCUGAGAGCCGGGACACGCCGGGAACGCCUGGGUGUCCAUC